CUCUCUGACUGUCUGUGUGUGUGUGUGUGUGUGUAUAGAUAGAGGAAGUGUUACUCGGCGUGUCUCUCUCUCCCUCUCAGUCGACAUCAUGUGCAUAGCGAUGUAGCCCACAGAUGUAGUCUCUACAAAACAGUAGAACAUACAUUUGCUUCUUUCCAUCCUAGCGACCACCAGCAGUGACAUCAUCAUGCUCACAUGGCAUCGUGGGUAAACUCUAGUGACUGUAGUAUGGACGCAGCAGAACUUGCAGCUAUGGAUUCAGAAAUCUACCGAAGCCUACAGGCGAUUCUGAGAGAACUGGACACCCCACAGUGUGUGGGCAAUAAAGGAAUGCUAAGGUGGACUUUGCAUAAGAAGGUUCAGUGUGAUCCUCAGAAGAGCCUUGCUUUGGUCCGAGUAACUCUCAAGGAGCUGGAAAGAGCUGAGAGAGUCGACAUGAAAUCCCACAUCAUCCCACUGUUACACACUCUCAUGUACGCCGUCAUACAGGUGGCGUACAUUCCUGAUGUUCUGUAUAAAAGGCUUUACGAGUCAUGUAAGAGGAUGCUGACGCUGCCAGAGCCGUUCUGUAUUGUAGGGCUCAAUUACACUAGACAGUUAAAAACAGAGACACAUACCCCAGGACUACUGUAUCUAAAGACGCUUAUGGCUGAACACAGUCUGAGGAAUGAAAAUUAUCCUUUACAAGAGCAUGUGUUUGUGUUUGCAGAUCCAGUUGUGUUCUCAGAGUCUCUGUGCUCAGUGUUGAGGGAAGAUCUGGAGGCUGAGGGUCGGACGGAGACACAGCUCAGCUACAUGCGUGAUGUCAUACAGCGCCUUCUACAGGCCACUCUGGGAGAGGACAACUGUCAUGGACCAACCCUCACACGUGCCCUGGAGGAGCUGCAGCAGGAUGUAGAGAGUUAUUUCAAUGAGGUUUUAGAGUGUGUUGAUCAAAAGGAACAAAAAGAUCUAACACAGCGACUACAACAACUCUACACACAGCUGCUGCUCAGCACCGGCAAAGAUCCAUUGUCUCAUGGCUCUCUGGCCAAUGUUUCACUUCCCAAUCCAGAUAUGAGCUUCCACGUAUGGUGGGAGGAGGAAGAGCUCUGGAGAGAACUGGCCAAAUUUGUGCGCAGCAGCUCCACUGAUAACUUCUGCAUCUCCAUGGAGGAUUUCGACAUGUCCGAGUUUUCCUCCUACGUUGACCCGGACAUGCCACGGCACUCUGUCCUCUCCACAGACAGCGGCAUCGAGCGUGACAUGGCACAGGGUUCGGACUCAGAGUCGAGGGGCACGUGGCGUCUGUUGAGGCGCGGUGGGAUGAAGGUGAAGCCCUCAGUGACAGACAGCAUGGCCUUUUUACAGGACACUUUAGUCAGUGGAAGUGGUUUCCUCAAACAGCAGCAAGGACAGAGACACAUGACCGCUAACAUCGUAGUGAUGGGGGAUGACCGCGUACUUGGGAGACUCGCCAGGGCUCACUACACACUCAGGAAAAGAGAAUCCCGGAGACUUUUUCUGACCAUGAAAGUGAACGUAAAGAUGUUCUAUAUCCCUGUGUCCACGCAGCAUCUGUCCUCUCCCACCACGGAGAGUGUGUGUCUGCUGGACUCUAACCCAUGUGUGUUGGGGUCAUACUUGGGGAAGGUGGACCCCUGGUACGAGUGUAACAUCAUCAGCCUGGGUCACAUGAUCCCCAAACUUGCUGCCAUGAGUAACUCCAGCAGGCCACACGAGCCCAACCCUUUCUUAGCUGAUGUCAUUUCCUAUUACGUGCGAAUGGGACAGCAGCCGGUUUACUUCACCAUCUACUACAUGAAGAUUGUGUUCUGUAAUACGACCAAAGAGUCAGUGGAGGAUGUUUUCCUGUCUCACGCCAGUAUCAAGUUUCCAGAGUUCUCACUGCGUCACACCACUGACAGAGACCUGACAAUGAGACAGAAGAAGCAAAGUGCAGAACUAUGUGGUGUUCUUGUCUCGCUAAAGUACAGGAAGGUGUCACUGAGCAAUAGGGAAGCAGAGAGAGACGUAACGUUACGGACGACCAAAAUUCAAAUUUCAGCCGUAACCCCAAACAAACACCAAGAUGUGAACUGUCUCCUCGUGGAUCUGUGUGACGUGAAGCCCAAAUGUGUCUCAGAGGUCAAAAUCCGGACGUGCAGCAUGAAGCUACAGACGAGCGAGAGGACGGGGUUCACACUGUGUCUGGAUAAAGACUCGCGCAGAACCUUCCAUGGAGUUCAGAGCGUGGAGAUCGAGCCGUGUAAAGAUCCUGGAUAUUACAUUCAAAAGUCCAUGAGGUCAAAGUUCACGACAGAAGAGGACCCUGACUCAGGACUGAGCAAGUUCAUGAAUCGAGGACUUUCUCUUUCUAUAAACACCUUCUCAGGCAUCAUUUCCUGACAGAAAAACAAAAAUGGAAGGAGUAAUGCACUUUGGUGACACUGAGCUAACUGCUAACUGCUAACUAUAGUGACCUUUGUUCUGUGUGGUUAUAUUUAACUUUCUGUUCACAUCACGUAUGAUAUGAAGGUCACAGAGUUCCAUGCUGCUAAACACACACACACACACACACACACACACACACACACACACACCUCAGCAUGUGUGUGAGGAGGUGUGAGGUUAACAACCACCACUAUAAGAGUAACUUCCUCUUCCCUUCUCAGAAAACAUUUUCUGGAUGGAGCAGGCUGGUGUUAACAUGUAGAAAACUGCUAACUAGUGCUACUUAGCAACAUGCUAACACACUCCUUCGAUAGUCCUGUAGAGUUUUAAUACACAAAUAAACAUGUCAGCAAUUGAAGGUUAAAGGUCAGCUUCACAGAUCUGGUGCUGUUUUUCAGUUGCUACACCAAGCAGUUGUCUGUACAGUAAACAUCUAGUUAGCUUGGUAGAUAGCUACAUGUACUCUAUUUAAUAAGACAGAAAGUACAAUACGGUAUUAAAUGAAAUAGAUAGCGCUAAACCAAGAUCAAGCAUAAAUGUUAGCUUCAGUGAUUAACGUAUAAUGAUUAGAGAUUUUAUUGCUCAACACUACCAGUGUGACAAUCAGCUAAUCUGCUGAAAGCAUUAGCGUACUAAAUAGAACAUAUUAAAUACCAUGUUUGCUAACUGUUUAGUGUGCUAAAUAACAACUCUGCUAUCUAGCUAGCAUAAUAAUUAGCUAGCAGUAUAGAAAAUCAGUGCAACAAGACAAUCAAAUAUUAUUGGGAAAAAAAAGGGAACUGCACCCCAAAAGACAACAAAGGAUUCUGGGUAAUUUCUUGUAGUCUCCAUUGAUGCCUUUAAAAUGGCCAAGGGGACUUAACUAAGGGGACUUAACCAAGGGGACUUAACUAAGGGGACUUAACCAAGGGGAAGUGGAGUAAUCAUUAAAAACAGCACAUGAAGGGGAAUUGUUGAAAAUGAUAAAUAGUCUAGAAACACGUUACACUAGUGCAGUGAAUUUUUUAUUUUAUUUAUAAACUUUUUUCAAAUCAUGACCGAUUUGAGUUUCUAGCACACUAGUUAACUGUAAAGGCAGAAACCGUUCAAUUGUGUGAAUAUUUGUAUGAUUGACAAUUAACUGAAUUUUAAUGUUUGUGUCCCCUGAUGUUAACAAUUAAAGUAGAUAUGUAUGUAAGAUGUAUGUGUAAAAACUUUCAUUUAGGAUUUAUGAAAAAUAUACAAUUUAAAAAGA